CUGCUGCGGAUGCAGUUCCAGACGCCUCCACUGAGCUUCAGAGCGAUUCCUCCAUGACUCUGCUCAUGUAGCAGCAGGGAGGGAUGUGUUGUAUCAUCCAGGCAGCCCGGCAGACGCUUCGGUCCUUCAGUCGGAAUCCUGCUGCCUCAUCAUGGCUCUCAACAUCCCCGGCGUGGCCGUGAUGCUGCUCUUCUACCUGCUGGUCCUCGGGAUCGGCAUCUGGGCUUCUUUCAAGUCCAAAAAGGAAGCCAAAAAGGGCCAGGGGAAUAAGACGGAGAUGGCUCUGCUGGGCAACCGGGGCAUCAACCUGGUUGUCGGCAUCUUCACCAUGACAGCUACAUGGGUUGGAGGUGGAUUCAUCGUGGGCACAGCAGAGGCAGUGUACAACCCCUCCAUGGGACUGAUCUGGGCCGUGAUGCCUAUCGCAGCAACCAUGUGUUUCAUCAUUGGUGGCCUGUUCUUUGCCGAGCCGAUGAGAAACAAUAAGUAUGUGACCAUGAUGGAUCCUUUCCAGAUCAAAUAUGGAAAAGUACCGACGGCCGCUCUGUCUCUGGCCUCACUCGUAUCAGAGAUUAUGUGGGUAACAGGAACACUCAUAGGAUUAGGUGUAACUAUGAGUGUGAUCCUGAAUUUGUCCUACACUGUGAGCAUCUGGAUUUCUGCGGCUGUGGCCAUUACCUACACCCUGAUGGGAGGUCUCUACUCUGUGGCCUACACAGACAUCAUACAGCUCAUCCUUAUCUUCAUCAGCUUGUGGCUGUGCGUCCCCUUCGCUCUGAUGGGCCCUGCUGUGUUGGACAUCACUGAGACGGCCUACAACUACACCUUCCAGUCUCCAUGGGUUGGUUCUCUGGAGGCAGACAGAGCCUGGAGAUGGAUUGAUAACUUUCUACUUCUGGGUUUGGGGAACUUGGGUCUUCAGAACUUCCACCAGAGGACACUGUCAGCUGCCUCCUCGGCAACAGCCAAGAUCACCUGCUUCGCUGCUGCUUUCAUUGUUCCCACAUUAGGCAUCCCUCCCAUUCUCCUUGGUGCAGUGGCUGCAUCAACAGACUGGAACAUGACCUCUUAUGGUUCUCCGUCUCCAUUUGCACGUAAUGAGACCGGACUCGUCCUGCCUAUCGUACUGCAGCACCUUACCCCAACCUACAUCUCCAUUAUCGGUAUUGGGGCAGUGGCCGCUGCUGUGAUGUCAUCCACUGAUUCUGCUUUGCUGUCUGCAGCCUCCAUCUUCACCGCCAACAUCUAUAGGAACAUUCUGAGGCCACUGGCGUCAGAGCGGGAGAUCCAGUGGGUGAUUCGGAUCUCAGUGGUGGUGGUGGGUCUGGCCGGUACCUCUCUCACCUUCCUGGACAAUAGUGUCCUGAUGAUCUGGAUGCUUCGAUCUGACCUCACCUACACCCUCAUGCUGCCGCAGCUUGUCUGUGUCCUCUUCUUUAGUAUCUCCAACAGUUAUGGGGCUGUGCUGGGCUGCGUGACAGGCAUGCUGUUGCGGGUGUUAUGUGGGGAGCCUCUGCUUGGGAUACCACCUGUUAUCAAAUUCCCAGGAUGCACUCUGGUAAAAGGCGUUUAUGUCCAGCGCUCUCCAAUCAGGACCAUCUGCAUGCUCUCUUCUGUGGCGGCCAUCUUGUUGUUCUCCUACCUGGUGUCUCUGCUCUUCAACAGAGGCCUGCUUCCUGAGAAAUGGGAUGUUUUUAAUGUAAAGACUCAGUACACUAUACAAACACAAGAUGGCGACAAAUCAGACACUAAGAAUGAGAAUUUAAAAGAACCACAUGAGAACAAUGAAGUGUGUGAACCUAUGUUAGAAUCAACAUGUUAAGUCAAACCCUCAUUUAAAAUACAUUUUUAUACAUUUUACAUCAGUAUGGACUGGUUUAAGAACAAAUGUAUGUAAUGUGUAAUGACAUAAUUUUAACAGUACAAUAUAUUUUGAAUUUUUAUAUACUUUUAUAUACAGCAUAAAUUUAAAAAAAAAAAAAAAACAUCACACCUAUGCUCUUUGUUAUGAUAAGAGCAUUUCAUUGAUGGAUUUUAAGACAAUAGACCCCUGGGCACAAAAUAUAAAACACCCCCCCACACACACCCUGACCAGGAAUGCAAUCGUUAUAGUUGUUUCACGUCUUUUUGAGCAACAUUUUGCACAUUAACUAUUAGUACUGUUGUUGACUGAACUUUAGUUUCUUGUUCAUGGAGCUGAAGGAGGACUGUUUAAGCCCUUCUCAAAGCUCCCAUGUAUUAUACACAAUGCUAUAGGUGCACACAAUUCUAUAAAAAACCAUUAAAGGAAACCUGUGAUGAAGGUCAUAUCUUCUUAAAGCAGAGCUGUGCAGAGUCAAAUAUAUUACAGACUUUGAUGUGGGCUUACUGUACCGUUGGUAUGCAUGAUGCAGCUCUAUUGUGUUGGAAAAAAACGAUAAAAAAUACAACAAAAUAUCAGAUCAGACUUGGUAUUAGCAGGUACUCAGUAGUGAAAGACUCAGAUUGAGAUCAGGAGCAAAAAAAACAUGAAUAAGACAUCCCUGUAUUUGACUGAGCUCUUUGAAUUUCCAAAGACAAAUAUUAAUAAAAGUCACUUAAUAUAGAGGCUCACUGAACCCUUUGGGCCCCUGGGAUUGUGCCUGUUCGGCUCAUGAGAUAACCCACCCAUGCUUUAAAAGGUAAUUUUAUAUUUGAUCGUACAGUAUUUGUCUUUUGGUAUAGUUUCUGAAUUUAUAGCAGGGUUUAGCAUUUAAAAACAAUGUCUGUCAACAGUAAAGUAUUGUUGAUGUUGAAACCAAGGCAUGACCAGUGGUUAGUACUGCUGACAUGCAGCACCACUGCUGAGUGAGUGUGUAGAAUAUCCAGCAGAGCUGCCUUAUUAACCUGGUGAGGCCAAUGGAUUUAAUUAUGCUGUACUCAGGGCUGAGCAAAACAGAUUAUAUGGAGGCAAAGGGGCUUCAGUGACCUGAAAUUAUUUAAUAUAAUCAUUUAAUUUAAAACACCCCUGGAUUUGUCCUGCCCAUUCUAUUCUUCACACAUGUACACUACUGUAUUAUUUUCCUGAAAUAUUAUUAGAGGUUUCUUGUCAGGCUGUGGUAAAUGGAGUCUUGCACUUGAAAUAUCCACAAUGUGACAUGUCUUUUUACAUCAGUUUUCAUGUUUUAAACACUAUAUAGCAGAAAGAUCACUUUAAAAAAAUCUCAUUAUAAAUUCACAGUGUAAAGCAUCAUAAAGCAAAUGUCUUAAAUAUUAAAGGGAAGUUCUGGUUUUAAUUAACAGGUAGAAAAGAAGGAGUGUGUUGAUUUAAAAUCAACGCACAUUGUGUCAAACACUGACAUGUAAAGGCUUUUGCUCCUCUCUCUGGUCAAAGUAAUUCUUGCUCUGCCUCUCCCUAAUCUCUACAGUGGAGAUACUGAGUAAAAUAUAUGGAUACAAAUAUGAAAAUAAGACCUACAGUUAACAAAUAGUGGAAAUUCCCUUUCAACAUAUUCAGUGUGCUGACACUUUACACAAAAAAGUACCCAGUCUUCACUAUUGACUGCUAGCAUAAGUAUGCACUUAACAGUUUAAUAUUGAAGUCUUAAGUAAUUAAAUAACUGAUGCAUAUGUGUUUGAAAAUAUCCAAAUCUGUAUGGAUAUAUAGCCAAUCAUGGAUAUAAUAAGUUUCGGAAUCAAAGCCUUCACUUGUUGAACUCCACAUGACUUAAUCUGGGUCCACGUGUGUCCAUAUGUGUCCUACGAUACAUGUGGAUGACACACAAAAAUAACCACCCUCUGCUUGAUAAUUCAAUAUGGGGCUGUGUGGCAUGCCGGGGCUUUGAAAGAUGCCCGGACUGUCUGCCCUUCCUCCUCCCUGAUGUCCGUGUCAAUCUAAGUCAAGUUACAGUAUAUCAGUGUGGUAUUAUAUAUGAGAUAUGACAUCUCGCUCUUGACUUGUGUGCCAGAAGCUCUAGUGGAACAAUCGUCCCACAGGACAGACUAACACAGACUGAGAUAAAGGUCCUCUAUAAUAAGACCACACAGGCAAGUGUUGCUGUCAAAUGGACUUUGAUCUUGCUGCUUCCUGUGUCCUUUGAUGGUUAAGUUGGUGAUGAGGAUGGGAAUGAGAAAGCUGAGUAUGCAGUACCAGCAUGGUGAAUGUAGAGAGCAGAUUACUAUUGCGUUAAUCAAUUUGCUUAUACAGUAUUUGUGUUGUCUGGAAUUGAGUUGAGGGCUUUAGUGUUUCACGAUGGUUUAAAUGUUUCACGAGAUUUUAUACCUCAGCAAGAAGCUCUGUACAUGUUUUGGCACAACUAUAAUCAAAAAGAAACAGAAAUGUGUCAGCAUCAGAUGGAUGUAAAGAAUUAUGAGUACUUUCCUAUUAAAACUUUGAGUUGAUGUAGAAAAAAAAGGCAAUAGUUUAGGUGUUACGUCCAUGAAAAUGUCUGUAUUUCAAAAAGCGAAGAAAAGGCGAUAUUACAAAUACUAAAUGCACAAAUUCUGACUACAACGGGGUCUGGAUUAGCUGCACCGAAUAUUUUGUGAAUGUGUGAUAAUAUACAAGAUUUUCUUUUCAAACAGAUGAACAAUCUGUAAAAGCUUCUCUCAUUCUGGAGGUCUGCUCUUGUGUUUGUUCUCUGAAGGUGAGCUGAAUAAAGAUAAGUGUGCAGAAUUUCAUUUUGAGCAAUAAAAAAUGGUUGUAAAAAGGGAUGAACUAUCAAAAUAAGUUUUGAAGAGAGAUACUAAUUUGCUUUUGCUUUCAGUAAAAGCACAUGGACAUCA